UUGUUUCUUGAGAUCGAAGAAACUGUGACAAGAAAUAGUUCUACGACUCCCAGACGAGAGGCGAGAAGAGCAAUAGACGAACAGAAAAGGAGAUACACAAAAAGAAAAGUAGAAGAGUGAAAGAUGAGCAGCAUUGGAACUGGUUAUGACCUUUCAGUCACUACUUUCUCUCCCGAUGGCCGUGUUUUUCAGAUUGAAUACGCAGCCAAAGCCGUCGAUAACAGCGGAACUGUCGUCGGCAUCAAGUGCAAAGAUGGGAUCGUUAUGGCUGUGGCUGGAUUAGCUGCAGAUGGGAGGCAAAUUGUUUCUCGAGCAAAGUCUGAGGCGAAUAACUAUGAAAGUGUUUAUGGUGAACCCAUACCUGUGAAGGAACUUGCUGAACGUGUUGCCAGUUAUGUGCAUUUGUGCACACUCUACUGGUGGCUCAGGCCUUUUGGGUGUGGAGUAAUCCUUGGAGGUUAUGACAGAGAUGGACCACAACUAUACACGAUUGAAACUUCUGGUGUUUCAUAUAGGUAUUUUGGUGCUGCAAUUGGAAAGGGACGACAGGCAGCUAAAACGGAAAUUGAAAAGUUGAAGCUUUCUGAAAUGACCUGUAGAGAAGGAGUCAUUGAAGUUGCAAAGAUCAUAUAUGGGGUGCAUGAUGAGGCAAAGGACAAGGCAUUCGAAUUGGAAAUGAGCUGGGUCUGUGACGAGUCAAACCGCCAGCAUCAGAAGGUGCCAGAGGAGCUCUUAGAGGAAGCCAAGGCAGCUGCCAAAGCAGCAUUAGAAGAAAUGGAUGCGGAUUAAGAGUUCAAAAGGGCACCCACAUAAAUUGGGUCGCCAUUCUCCACAUAAAUUUACCAUAUUUUAUUUACUAUGGUGGGGAUUUCUUGUUUUCCUUAUUUAGUCUCAGGUUCCAGAUGAGCUCUUGAGAGGGAGCUGAGGUAACAAUGGUGGCAUCACUGGAAGAAACAUUGGUGGAUUGAUUAACAGCUAAAAAGUUUUCUUUCAGUUCUCGUGGCAUCGUGGGCAUCAUUUAAAAUACUUUAUUAAGCUUGAUUUCUCAUGUCACUGUAGAUUUGCUUGUGGAUUAUUCAUCUGUGAUUGAAAUCUGAACAUCCUCGUCUCCGGUUGACUCA